UCUCAUCUCCCUUUUUUUUCAUCUUCUCACUUGUUUUUCUUCCGUUGUAUCAUCAACUUCUCUUUUUCCCCUUUCUUUUUCUCUCCAAGAAGCCAAAGCAGGUUGCUUUUGAUCUAACAUGGAGAAAAGCCAUGAACUUAAGCUGACCCAGAUGAGGAAAUUAGUUGAGAAACUUGGGUUUUCAGCAGAGAGAUAUGGGGAUCCCACGCUCAUGAGGUUCUUGAUCGCAAGAUCAAUGGAUACUGAUAAAGCUUCGAAGAUUUUUGUCCAGUGGCUGAAAUGGAGGUCGUCUUUAGUUCCUAAUGGGUUCAUUGCAGAAUCUGAAGUGCCUGAUCAAUUAGAAGCUAGAAAGAUUUAUUUGCAAGGUCUUUCGAAAGCAGGAUAUCCAGUCAUGAUUAUCCAAGCUUGCAAGCAUUAUCCACCCAAGGACCAUGUGCAGUUCAAGAAGUUCGUGGUUUAUCUGCUAGACAAAACCAUAGCAAGUGGCGUGAAAGGAAGAGAAAUCGGAAACGAGAAGUUGAUAGGCGUUCUUGAUUUUCAAAACAUUACAUACAAAAAUGUCGAUGCACGUUCACUGAUAACUGGAUUUCAGUUCUUACAGGCAUAUUUCCCUGAGCGCUUGGCAAAGUGCUACAUCGUGAACAUGCCGCGGUUUUUCGUUAGUGUUUGGAGGAUGGUUUCUAGCUUCAUUGAGAAAGCAACACUCCAAAAGAUUGCAAUUCUGACCAAUGAAGAUGAGAAGAAAACCUUCAUAGAGGAGAUAGGUGAAGAAGUUAUGCCGGUCGAGUAUGGUGGCAAGGCGAACCUGAGAGCUAUCCAAGAUGUAGAAGUUCCCCCGUUGGAAGGUUGAUCGAUCCUCCGACACCAAAAUUUACAGGCCAUAAAGUGUUUGCUUUUAACUCAAACCCAUUGAAGAUUUCAACACGAUCGAGAUUAGUUAACUCUGUGGCUGCCAUUGAAGGUGCUAAUAAGCUUAAACCUUCAACCGGUCAAGGUUGCUGUCAUUAAUGCACCUCUAAUCCGAUUAUAUUGUGUGUUAAGCUUAGGACCUUUCUUUGAAGGAAAAAUCAUGUCAUUCAACUAAUUACCUUAUCCCAUAUAUAAUAUCACAUUAUAUUUCCUUUUUUUUUA